UUUAAAGGAGAACAGACAGAACACAGGAGCACACAGGACGAGGAGCACACCAUGGAGCUGUACCUGGACCUCAUCUCUCAGCCCUGCCGCGCCGUUUUCAUGUUUGCCAAAAUCAUCGGCAUUCCUUUUGAAUUUAAACUGAUUGAACUUGUCAAAGGGCAGCAGUUCAGCGAGGAGUUUGGAAAAAUCAGUAUUGUGAGGAAGGUUCCUGUUAUGAAGGAUGGAGACUUCAUUCUGACAGAAAGCAUUGCAAUCCUUAAGUACAUGGUGCAGAAAUACCCGACUUUAGUUGCAGACCACUGGAUGCCAGCGGACCUGCAGCAGCGAGCUCGUGUUAAUGAAUACCUGUCUUGGCAGCACUUGAACACCAGAGCUCUUGGAUCAAAGGUCUUCCUGCUCAAGGCUGUGUUUCCUAUAGUUAUGGGCUCAGAUACUCCAAAGGACAAGCUGGAUGUUGCCAUUGCUGAUUUGAAUCAGGCACUGAAUCUGCUGGAGAAGAAAUUCCUCCAGAACAAAUCAUUUAUCGCUGGAGACAAAAUCUCUCUGGCUGAUCUGGUGGCCAUUGUGGAGGUCAUGCAGCCACUUGGAGUUGGCGUGGAUGUGUUUGAAGGCAGGCCAAAGCUGAGCGCUUGGAAAGCUCGAGUGAAGAUGGAGCUCGGAGAAAAGUUGUUUGAUGAAGCCAACAAGGAUCUGAUGAAUGCCAGCUCCGUGCCGGAGACCAUGAAGAACAGCAAAUACCUGGAGAUAAUCAAACUCAAGUUCCAGAGGUUGUUUCACUGAAGAUGUUUCUGCAACAAACAUAGCCAUCCAUGUUGUCCAGUUUCUCUCUACGUUAGAGCUCAUGAAGAAGUCUUAAAAAGCAAUAAAGCAUUUGAGUAUUGUGGUAAAA